AUGCCAGCUACGGGUUACUUGGGUAUCCUGCCUUGUUGCAGAUCUCCGCGUGUUGUACAUGAGCCUCGCCCCCCGCCGCCACCACUACCAGACCCCAAGUAUCUCCAAAUCGACAAUAUCUGUAAAAUCGAGUAUGUUGACGUCGAGCCAACACAAUCCAAGGAUCACGUCUCAGCGACAGUUGUAUGUGUUCAUGGCGCUCCUGGGAGUUUUGGAGAUUAUCGCUACCUCAUCCCAUUGCUUGCAGAGCAGCAGCCUGGUCUUCGUCUCAUCGGUGUUAAUCUUCCAGGCUACAUGGGCUCAGAGGUGGACAAAGCACACUACCUCAAGACAGUGUCAGCACUACGAAGUGCAGAAGUGGUGUUGCAAGCGAUUCGUCAACUUUGCGGUACAAUAGCAACUGAUGGGGGUGAUAUAUUCCUCGUUGGCCACUCCUUUGGUGCCCACACCGUGAUCAACAUGGCAGCAAUGAACGAGACGCUGCGAAUUGCUGGUGAUAACGUCAACACAAUCAGACUUCGAGGGAUCGCAGUGCUGGCUCCGGCAGGGUGCGUUCCUCAAAGAAUGGUCAAAGAAAUACCGAUAAAGAUGCUGGUCACACUAUUACGAUCUCGCAGUGCUGUCGUGGUUCGCUUAGCAACACGCUUUGUCAAGUAUUUGUAUACGGAGCUUCUUGGGUUUCCCAGACGGACACCAGCGACUUCCUGUGUAUCUGCUGUGAUUCGUGCAGGUACUACGAAGUUCCCAUUGAUUCGAACUCAAGUGAACUUUCUAAAGGAAACUAGAAUGCCCGUGUUCGUAGCUUGGGCACUUGACGACGUUCUGGUUGAGCCUGAAAUCCCAGAAGAACUUGGAAAGCUGUCACACCCAGGCCCUCGUCUUGAAUUCGCUGGAGGUGGACACAAUAUCCAAAAGACUCGAGUCGAACAAGUCACAGUUGCUAUGAGUUCGUGGAUUCAGUCAAUAUUGAGCGGGUGUAAUUCACUUGAGACCGGUAUGACGCAGCAUUUGCCGUAGAACACAUACUAGGAAGGACGAGGUCUGGGAAAAUAUGAUUGUAGAGACAUAUAUUGAAGUCAGUUUGCUGUUGUAAUGUAGCCAUAUUGAACACGCGA